UUCUCCUGCGUUACAUUCUGAUCAUAGGAUAAUUAAUGGCUUCUUUUAGCAGAAUAAGUUGUGUUUUUGGAGUUUUAUUGUUCUUAGUUCUUGCUUCUGAAGCUAGGGUUCUGGGAACUGGAAAUGCGGGGUUUGUUGCAACAAGGGAUUCUCAUUUUGUUCUCAAUGGCUCGCCUUUUCUAUUCAAUGGAUUCAAUGCGUACUGGAUGAUGCAUGUAUCGGCCGAUCCGGGCGAGAGGUACAAAGUCUCUGAGGUAUUCAGAGAUGCAUCUGCUGUUGGUUUAACUGUUUGCAGAACUUGGGCUUUCAGCGAUGGAGGUGAUCGUGCACUACAAAUAUCUCCCGGGACAUAUGAUGAACGUGUAUUUCAGGGACUAGAUUUUGUGAUUUCUGAAGCAAGAAAAUACGGGAUUCGCCUGAUAUUGAGCUUCGUCAACAAUUACAAUGAUUUCGGAGGAAAACUACAAUAUGCUCAAUGGGCAAGAAAUGCAGGAGCAAGGAUUAACAGUGAAGAUGAUUUCUACACAAAUCAAGUGCUUAAAAAUUAUUACAAGAACCAUAUUAGGAAAAUUGUUACAAGGUUCAACACCAUCACCAAAAUUACCUAUAAGAACGAUCCCACGAUCAUGGCAUGGGAGCUCAUGAAUGAACCUCGCUGCCAAGCCGAUUACUCUGGAAAAACCGUAAAUGGUUGGGUUCAAGAUAUGGCAACUUUUGUGAAGUCUCUUGAUAAAAGACACUUGCUUGAGAUUGGCAUGGAAGGAUUUUAUGGAGACACAAAGCCAGAAAGGAAGCAAGUCAAUCCAGGUUACCAAGUCGGGACGGAUUUCAUUAGCAACAACCUUAUUAGAGAGAUCGAUUUCAGUACCAUACAUGCAUAUCCUGAUAUCUGGUUAUCCGGAAAAAGUGACAAUGAACAAAUGGUUUUUAUGGAAAAAUGGAUGUCGAGCCACCGGGAUGAUGCAAGAGGAAUUUUGAAGAAGCCACUUGUCAUAGCCGAAUUCGGAAAAUCUAGCAAAGAUCCAGGAUACAGUUUAACUGCGAGAGAUUUAUACAUGGGCGAUGUAUACAGAGAUAUAUACAGAUUUGCAAGAACAGGAGGAACAAUGAGUGGAAGUUUAGUUUGGCAACUUAUGGCAGAAGGCAUGGAUUCAUAUCAUGAUGGAUACGAAAUUAUCUUAUCACAAAAUCCAUCAACUGCUGCAAUUAUGUCAAGGCAAUCUCAUGCCAUGACAGAUUUAUCUCAUUUGUUCGUUGGACCUCAUCAUACUCAGACUGCUAGAAAGUCUGCUCCAUGAUACAAGUUUGAAUACUGCUAUAUGGAGUUGGUGACUGCAAUAGUCGCUUUAGAUGGCAUUCUACGUGGCACUUUGUUAUCUAAGGCGCUAAUGCCUCAACAAUAAACUGACAUGCAGGACGACUGCUGCAUUGGCUAAUUAUGAAUUGCAUUACUCAAAUUCGUAUCCUCAUAUGGUCUUCAUUUAUUUUAAUGGAAUAAAAUUACGCAUUGUUGUAGUUGGUAAUUUGUAA